AAAAAAUAAUUAAUUUCAUGUUUAAGUGUACAAUUUGUUCAAUUAAGACAGGAAAAAGAUAUUUCGUCAUCUUGGGUUGAGAAGAAUGUCAAAACGCAAGCGUGGAGUGAGGAUGAAGAGCAUUAACAACCCCCUUGCCCUUCAUAAUCCUCCAGAAUCUUCUGGCCCUGAAAUUGCCAAACAUCAGCAAGACAACAUACAUAUUCCUGCAGAUCAAAACCUAAAAGGCAUCAAUGUACCUGAAAAGAUGAGCAGCUUCAAUCAAAACUGCUCAUUGUCCAAAGAUGUUCGUCGAUGCCAAAAAUCAGAGAGGGGACUACAAACUUCUGCGACUGAUCAGGAAAGGGUUAAUACAGAAUUCCCAAGUUGGUCACAUUUCAGAACACGAUCACGUCCACCAACGCAAAAAAAUAAGAUGACAGCUGAUACAAGCCAUUCUGAAGCUCUCCCACAGCAAGCUUCUUGUUGUUCGCAGUUAAAACCACAACCAGAUUCGCGAAAAAGACGGAAAAGUAAGAUAACAGCUGAUACAACGGAUUCUGAAGUUAUCCCACAGCGUGCUUCUCGUUCUCAUGGUCAAUCAAGGAGGAACAACAGUCAAAAGGGGUUAGGCUCAUCGAAAUUUGAGCUUUACUUGGAGAGCAUAUGGAAAUGGCAUCCAGAAGAUAGGAGAAACGCAUUUACAUACCUUGACAGCUUGUGGUUCUCCUUGUACUCGGAACGUUCUCACAAAGCUAAGGUGUUGAACUGGAUUACGAAAAAGAAGAUAUUCUCAAAGAAGUACAUUUUUGUUCCAAUUGUUCUCUGGAGUCACUGGAGUCUCCUGAUCUUUUGUAACCUUGGUGAAAGUUUACAAUCUAAAGCAAGAAGUCCUUGUAUGUUGUUACUUGAUUCUUUGCACAUGGCAAGCCCUGAGAGAUUUGAACCUGGGAUCAGAAAAUUUGUUAUAGACCUAUUCAAGGCAGAGCAGAGGCCAGAAACAAAGGACCAGAUCAUGAAAAUCCCUCUAAUGAUUCCCAAGGUUCCGCAGCAGAGAAAUGAUGAAGACUGUGGCAAUUUUGUUUUGUACUAUAUAAACCUCUUCUUAGAGAGUGCUCCAGAAGAUUUUAGCAUUUCGAAGGGCUACCCUUACUUUAUGACAGAAGGCUGGUUUACUCUUGAACAGUUGGAAUGCUUUUUCCAGGAACUGCAAUCUACUGCUGGAAAUACCCUUGACUCCAAUGAAUGCCUCCUAGAUGAUGGAGAUGUAAUGUGUAUAGAUUAGGUUAGCAGUGCAAGUGAAAUAGCUGUAGCCAGGAUUUUGUCCUAGAGGUGUCAGCCUAAUUUCACAUUUUUCACUUUUAAGUAGUUUAGAUCUUGGACUACGGUGGUUAUAAGGCUUAUUCCAUGUCUCAAAUUGAUAUUUACUUUUUAUUAUUUUUAAGUGUUGUCCGCAAGUA